GAAUUGGAGUUGGGCCAUUCAUUGUCAUCACACCCAUUUACAUGAUAACAACUUCCAACCUUCAACAAUGUCCAUUCCAAUUCCAUACACUUCAAUAGCUAUGGCCAAGCUCCUUAUCUCCACCCGACCCUUUCCCUUUUCCUCUCUUUCCGUUGCUCCACCACGGGCAUUCUUCAGGCCCUCCAAUUUUUCGCCGGCGGUCACAUUCUCCGGCUACCCAUCGACGUCCAGAAUCUUACGAGUGGUGACGACUCGUGCCGGCGCCAGCACCAGCAGUUACAUCUUCGCCUUCUCCAUCCCUUUAUCUCUUAUUCUCAUCACUGUCCUCACCGCUCUUAAAAUCGGCGAUAACCUCGACAAGAAGUUUCUCGAGGAGCUUGCUCUUAAUCAAGCUAUCAUGGAGGAAGAUGAGGAGAACAAAGAUGAUGGUUCAGAAAUAUCUUUUGAAGAAAAACCAGCUCUUCCACGAACUCGCAACCGCCCUAAAAGGGAAGCUGAGGUAUAAAUAAAUUGCUUAGUUUUUUUGGAGGUGAACAUAUGAUCGGAUCAGACGGCUGAGAAAUGGUUCAAGGAACUAGGAAGCUUCCAUGUAUAUUGUAUGUAAUUUUUUCCCUUAAUAAUGAUUAGUAAAAAUUAGUUGGUAUGCUGGGUAACUUUGAUAUUUAAUUAUAUUGUUACAUAUUCUUCAAAUUGAAAUACUUUUCUUC